UCCCCAUAUUUUUAAUUAACAUCAAAUUACUAGCAAUGUCCCUUUUUGUCCUAAAUAUUAUGAAUGGGUACCAAAACGAAAUCCCGCGCGCAUUUGCCAUAUCUAUUUCGCCCGCGCCGUCGUGCGGCCUCGCCUCCCCGGCAGCAAACCUUCCUGUUCCUGGUCGAUUCUCCUCCACGCUUUCAAGCAGUCAGUUCCAGUGUCUCCGGCGGCGACGGCGACGGCGCCCGUGGUUCCACCCAUUCGGCCAUAGCCUCGCGAACUGCAGCCAAGCCAUAUUCUAUUCCCGCUCAUUCGCUUUACUCUUCUCCGUUCCCGCCCUUCCGAAUGCUGCAAUGUCUUUCCUUCAAGUCCUCAGCCUCAGCCUCCACCUCCGCCUCGGCCGCAGCCGCUUCCUCUCCUCCUCCUCCAACCAUCAAUCUCUGCGAUCCCCCUCUGCCACCGCUUUCCCCAGGUACCUCCACCAACGGUGCUUCCCCGACAAGCACUCUCACAUCCCCGGCCGGAAACCUCACCAGAGAAUACACCUUCGCAGUCCAGACCGAUUCCUACAAAGAACUAUGGUCCAGAAUCCACAUCCCCGACGAUUACCACCACAGCCACCAGAUUGAACUCGAAGAGGACCAUCUCCUCAUGGCUCAAGUUCUCCACCCGGACGGAGACAGCGUCGCCGAGGCUCUCCGCCACGCCAAACCCUCUACAUUAACCCGCCUCGUCUCCGCCUACUUCACCCACAGCGAGGAAACCACCCGCCUCUGCCUCCUCCUCCACCGCAGCGUCCACCGCGCUCGCGCCAUGUACCACCCUCUCCACCGCCUCCUCCAAGUCCUCCCCCUCAACCACCACCUCAGCGGAUCACAAUGCGACGCCGCCUUCGACGCCUUCCUCCACUUCGACAAAUUCCACAACCCUUUCCCUCCGCCGGGCUCCCACAACUUCCAGGAGAUGCGGCAGUGCUUCUCCCAGCUCCGACAUAAGCUGAACCAGCGGCUCCACAAGUCCCGCUCCAGAAUCCGCCUCGCCCGUCGAGCCACCCUGGCUUCCGCCCUCUGCGUCGUAGGCUCGACCGUGGCGAUCGCUGCAUCAGCUGUGGUGAUCGCCACUCAUGCCCUGGCUGCAAUUGUAGCAUGCCCGUUCUGCACCACUGCAGCGUACCUCCCUGCCAACAAUAACUUCUUGACCAGGAAAGAGGCUGCCCACGUAAAGCAGCUGGAUGCUGCUGCUAGAGGAGCUUACGUGCUGAACAACGAUCUCGACACGAUUGAUCGGCUGGUGGCGCGGCUGUAUGAUGCGGUGGAGAGUGAUAGGUACUUGAUACGCCUGGGGUUGGAGAGAGGGAAGGAAGUGUACACUGUGACGGAGGUGAUGAAGCAGGUGCAGAGGAACCAGGUAUACUUGAUGCAUCAGCUGGGUGAUCUCGAGGAACACAUAUGUCUUUGCUUCAAUGCUGUGAAUAGGGCGAGGUCGUUGUUGCUUCAGGAAAUCCAUCUCUAUCAAACUCCAUCCUCUUCCUAACUGUCUAUCCCAUCCAGGUAGCUCAACUAAGAGCAUGGAAGUCUCGACCUCGCCGGCGAAUUUGAUGACUAGCGGCAACGGCGGAGGCGGCGUGGCGACAGAAGAGGAGAGGAUGAAGUUGCGGGGGAGGGAAGGAGGAGGGAGCCAGGACCUGCAGUACUCAAGCGGAGGAGGGAACCGGUGGCCGCCAGAGGAGACGGUAGCACUGUUGAAGAUAAGGUCGGAGAUGGACGCCAGUUUUAGAGACUCCAGCCUCAAAGCUCCCCUCUGGGAAGUAAUCUCGAGGAGAAUGAGCGAGCUUGGAUACACCAGAAGCGCCAAAAAGUGUAAGGAGAAGUUCGAGAACACUCAGAAGUACCAUAAGAGAACUAAAGACGGAAGAACCUACAGACCCAAUGGAAAGAUUUAUAAGUUCUUUUCCCAGUUAGAAGCUCUAGAGAACACCCCUCCAUCAUCAAUGGCUGCUCCACUCCCUAGUACGAUUCAAGCUAGUCAGAGUCCCGCCAUAGAUGCAAUGCCGUGUUCAGUAUACAGCCCCGCUAUGCAAUUCGUAGACAGCAGCUCAACUUCAACCACCUCUACUCCAAGCAAAGAAGAAUCAGAAGGAACAAAGAAGAAGAAGAGGAAGUUCACCGAGUUCUUCAAUGGAUUGCUUGCUAGAGUUGUGGAGAAGCAAGAGAGCUUACAGAGGAAGUUCAUUGAAGCAGUAGAAAAGUUUGAGAAGGAUAGAAUGGCAAGAGAAGAAGCAUGGAAGGCACAAGAAUUGGAGAGAAUCAAGAAAGAACGAGAAGACUUGGCUCGCGAGAGAGCUAGUGUGGCUGCUAAGGAUGCCGCGGUGCUUGCUUUCUUGCAGAAGUUCUCCAAUGGAGCAAUGCCCUUGCCCUUGCCAUUGCCGUUGCCAUUGCAAUUGCCAGUGGAGAAAGUCCCUCUUCCUUCGAGAGCUGUAGUGAAAUACACUCCUACUCCCAUGACGCCCAUGACCCCAUCUUCUUCUUCGCCAUCGAGAUGGCCCAAGGAGGAGAUCGAAGCAUUGAUAAGGUUAAGGACCAAUCUCGACAUGCAGUAUCAGGAGAGUGGGCCUAAAGGCCCGUUGUGGGAGGAAGUGUCACUAGAGAUGAAGAAACUAGGGUUUGACAGGAGUGCCAAGAGGUGCAAGGAGAAAUGGGAGAACAUGAACAAGUACUUCAGAAGGGUGAAAGAGAGCAGCAAGGCAAGGCCCGAGGACUCGAAGACUUGUCCGUACUUCCACCAGCUGGACGCGCUGUACAGCAGCGGCGGGAAGAGGAGGAAGAUCGACCAUGAUCUCGCUUUGACAACUGGAGUGAACUCGGGGACAUCUGAUUUGAGGCCGGAAGAGCUCUUGAUGCACAUGAUGAGCCAACAGCAGCAGCAGCCUGAGUCAGCAACUACAGACGAUGGAGGAGGAGGCGGGAGUAGUGAGAAUCACGAGGCGGAGAAGGAACAAGACCGGUCUCGAGUCGUGGCUAGUAGCGAGCAUUGUUCUAUGCCGAUGAUGGAGUGGAGGGAUCGUCUCGAGCAGAUGACAGAAGAGGUUAGGAGACAUGACGAUCAUGACCAGUGAAGUUGUUCAACAAAGUUGAAAAGGAGGCAGCCGUUUUUGUGAGAAAGGAAAAGCCUUUUGUACAUGGACGGAAUGGAAGACAGCCAUUAGAAGACUUUUGAAGAGCAGGUGAGACGAGUGUGUUGGUGUUGUUUUUUGAGAUAGACAGAAACAUGUUUAUAGACCAUUUCCCUUUAAUUUUGCUCUGUUUUGUUGUUGUUGUUGUGUAGAAUUUUGAGAGGGGUUUUGUUGUCCUUUUUACUACUGUUAUGCAAAUGGAAGAUGGUGGUGGGAAUGUAGAGAAAGUGCCACCACCAGUUUUGGAUGGAACAUUUACAGACAAUAAUGUGCUUCAAAAGCACUUGUUUAUGUUUUUGGGUUAUUUGUUGAGUAUGGUU